AUGUUAUCUUCAACCGCGUUGGCAUUCGCCUCCCCCGUUGGGGGCUUUGGCAACGCGCCUCUGUGGUUUCGACCCUCGCGUGACGGGCGGUUACGCUCCUCGAGGGGUUCAAGCGAAGAUAAUGAUGAGCCACCACCAUCUGACGGCUGGGUUGAUCAAGAUUUAAGGGCUGGUGGACCAACCCUGGCACCAUCGCCCAGUAUCUCGAUUUAUUACCCUUCCGCUAAUAGUCCAUAUCGAUCAAUGAUGGAUGCAAAGUCGGACCUAAGCAAGAGUAUUCUUACUGUCCUCCACGGAUCCAAGGUCAAAGUCAAGACCUUUCUCUUCUGCUGUCGUCGAUGUGUAUACUUCCCGGAUGAUGACCCAAUUCCCACACUUCUCGUGGAUGCUGAGCGAGAGUUUCGUGAUGACCAGUGGCUUCCCGUUUGCAAGGCCCUCCAUAAUCUUCUCCAAACCAACAAUCUCACUAUCUUCAAUGUCGAGAUAUGCGACGACAGAUUGAACUUAACUAGAUACCCUUCACCUGUUCCAUCGUCGGAUCCCAUAUAUCCUUUAUGGGAGGAAGUUCUCAAUCAAAUACUAACUAGUAUUGAUUGUUCCCAUGUCCUCACUAUAGACUGUUUCCGAUUUGGACAGAGAAAUAACCAAAAUGGGGAUCCAACCACGAUUAUUAUCACAGUGGAGCCAAAGACAAGUUUCUACUCCUGGAGAGGCUCCCGGGAAACAAUAAUCUCUAUACUUAAUACCUACAAUCUUCAACAUGUUAGCGUUCUAAUUACACAGGGCCUAGUUUAUCGAGGGAAAGAUAAUAGCCUAGAUCGCGGCUUGCCAAAUACUUCUUGGCAAGAUCAUCUCCAAGUAGGAUUAAGCCUUGGGGUCUACCAAUCCAAGCACUCUGCAUCAACCUUUGGCGGAUGGGUAGAAAUCCAGCAGCAAGAAGGGUCCAGUUGGCAAAAGUUAGGGCUAACCUGUUUUCAUUGCGUUAUCCCCGGUUUGGAUGACCUAUCUCCUAAUCACAAGGCGGGCAUUCCGCUUGAUGAUCCAAUCAAGCAAUUUUUGAAGGUUGAACAGCCCAGUUUAAAAGAUACAACGAUAGCUCUCAACAAAAUAUCGGCAUCGCUCAACGAGCCCCACGAUUCCCGAUUCGUGGCACUCAAAGACUUGAUGGAGAAAGGUGGGGAUAUAAGCCCACACUCCCGCCAACGAUAUGACAAAGCUAUAGCCAGGGUUGCUGCUUUAUCGGCAUUAAAAUUGAAAGCCGAAGAGUUUCAUAAACCUCGCCUGCUAUGUGAUGACUUGCUUUCAUCAUCUCUACCAAUAAAUCCGCGGUUUGGGAGAGCACCGAUAGACGGCAAUAGUCAAUCUUAUGCAGGAUACGUAUACGCAGCUUCCGGAUACCGUCAAUUCAGAGGCCAAGGAGGUCUGAAACAAGCGGAUUGGGCACUCAUUGAUGUGCCAGAGAUUAGACAUUCAACUAAUGAGCUCUCAACUUAUGGAGAGAUAAACUACGCCGAUUUCCCACCACUAGAACCCUUCCCUGGCAUUCCAGAAGAAACCACCAAGCUUUUCAAGCUAGGAAGGUCAACGGAAAUCACUCAAGGGUUCUUCUCAGGUCUCAGGAGUGCCCAUCUUAACGUGCCCGACGGUAGAGGUGAUCCUGGCGACUCGGGUGCUCCAGUUUUCGACUCUCACUCAAAUUGCAUUGGCAUGAUCUUCGCUAGAAAUCCAGUUUCAAGGGCCUCCUAUAUUACAUUACUACCAGACCUCUUCGGUGACAUCAAAACUAUCACUGGAGCGGCUGAUGUGCGUAUUGCUGAAUCGACUUGA